AUGGAAAUCGAGCAAGGCAUACGUCAACGACGAACUGGCGGCAAGCUGCGAACAGACGGCAAGGAAGUGGACGACCGGUCUAACAAGGGGGUGAAACAGAGAUUUGAGGUAAAGAAGAAGUCAUUGUUAAGUGAUACUUUACAGAAGACACUUACUGGAAUGAAAUUUGCGAUAGAUAGAAAUAAUAAAGAUGAAAAACAAUACUUGGAGAAGGUCAGACAACUCUUUAGUUCGUUGAGGAAAACCAACAGCACAUUUGGUCUACGGUGUUCCCUUGACCAUAAACUCCGCUGGUCAAGUAAUCGUGGUGUCAAUGAAAAUAGACCUCGAGUUAGCACCAGAUGCUUCGGUCUGAUUAGAGACGAAGACGAAACUACUCAGCAUUCCAUGGAUUCACCGUGCGGGUGCCGGGUCCAUCGCGUUGCAGGGAGAGGAGCUUCAACAGUGCCUGGGACUUGCGACCCAAGUAAAGUCAAGGGAUUCGCGGAUGAAAUACACGAAAUGUGGCAGGAACAAGGCACUGAGAUUUAUUGGGAGCAAACUUCAUUUGCCCCAGUGAGGAUCAAUACAAAAAGAUGA